GUGUCACCUAAUGUCUCUGCUCCGUGUAGUUUGUAUUUUGAAUUUGUUGACGUUGUGUGUUGUUUACUGUGUAGAAUUAGUGACUGUUUUAACGAAAUUCCACGAUUGUAUUGAUCUUUAGUUUAACGUUGCUUCUGCAGUUGUUUUGAAAUGGCAAGUCGUUUCUGAAUGACCGAGUUGUUUUGACUGACAUUAUGGAUGUUGUUACUAGCUUGAGCCUUUUGGAACUUGACAAAGUUGAUUCGAGCUGGGCGGAGACAGUCUGGAGCGAUGAGUUUUGUGGUGUUGAAGAUCUACCUAUUGAAUACCAGAUGCAUCUUGUUGAUGCUGAUACGGAAAUUAUUAUGGAGACAGCCAUAAGAGCAGUGAAAGAGGAUUUGCAGAAUGUAUCACGUAGAACUUCUGCAAAUCCAAUAGCAAGCACAUCGCGUGAUAAUCCGAGACAACAAGACGAUUCCAUAAGUUGGGAGCAGCUGAUAGCGAAUAACAUAAACCACAAAGAGCUGCUUGCUAUUUUGUGUUAUUUUGUACACAAUGGUCAAGACUUUUCGAAAGAUCUCACAUUGACAAAGCUGUGCCUGAAGUCUGCUAGGCUGUACUUUGCAUUGCUUGCAAUCCCCGGUAGUAGUGCUUUUCUUAUUUAUCAUCCAAAUCUAUACAGAAAAGCUUUAGAUGUGUUUGAUAUUGCGCGAAAGCUUAUGAAAUCUAGCAAAAACAAGCAACGCCCGAAAAAUAGAGGAAGGCAGAAGAAUGCUAAGAGUAAGAAGCAAGGGGAUUCUGAUGAAGAUGAUGAUGAUGACAUGGAUAGUGGUACUCUUCCUGCAGAAGACGUGAAUGUAUUGAUUAGUGAAUUAAAUUUAGUGCUUCUGGAUUUGAUAGUGUUUUCCGAAAGAUUUUCACUAAAAAUGGAUGAUGCGCUAUUGCAAACAAUAUUGCAUUUAAUUGAAGUAACUAAAUUGGAAGUGUUUCCGAGGAAUGAUUUUUCUUCGGUAUCGAAACAAAUGACAAUAGUUUCACUGGUAGGCAAUGCUUUUGUAGCUUUAUAUUCCCUGUGUACUCCAAACCAUGGCAAAAUUGACUUGACAGUAAAAUUGAUAAUGGAGAAUCUUUUGCCAUGUGUAUUAAUGACAGAUAGUUCCAGAGAUGGUCCAAACACUCUGAGACAAACGAUUUCUUUUAUACAAUAUAUGUUAAAAGCACUACCAGAAGGUACUUGUGAAGGUAUCUACAUUCUUGUACAGCAUCUUUGUGCACAUAUCACAGACCGAGCAGAGUUUCGACAGAAAGGAUCCCAAAGUGUUGUUGAGAUACUCCGCUUUAUGCCAAUUGAUUUAUACACAAGAUUUGUGAAGUGGUUUUUUAAAUUUUCACAUGCAUCAAAAGCUUCUCAUCGAUUAUUUGCACUUGAUGUUAUCUCAAAACUGUUGCAAGAAAGGGAGAGAACAGAACUGACACAAAGCUUUAUUCGUUGUUCAUCACAGAACAGUUCGACAAAUAUUUCCUUAAAUUUACAGAAUAUGAGUAGUGGUAUUAACAUGGAGGUGAAUUGCCCUAGUGAAAAUGUGUCAGUCAUAGCCUCAAACAGCGUGAACCAGUCUGAGUCAUCUGUUCAGAACUGCAGUGAUCCUUCUCUUCAAAGUGUAGAUGCUUCCUUGCAAAUUGGUGUUAAUGUGAAUGCAGAUAGCACACAAAACUCAGAUAUUGUGGAUGAAAAUGUAUCACUGAAUGCAGAUAAAUUACCGUCUGUGUCUCAUAAAUAUGUCCUGGGCACUGUUUUUUCAAGAUGCCAGGAUUUAUCGGGAACAGUACGGACCAAGGCGCUUUCUGUUUUAGCAGAUUGUAUUAAUUCAAACAACAGUGAUAUUCAGAAGAUAAUGCAAGCUGUUUUCGUUUUGCCUUAUGAGAAUGUCCCUGAAAUCUCCUGUGUAAUAACUGCUGAGAACAGUCUCCUGAACCACAAAAAAUUUAUGAAAUUUAUAGAAGGUGAUUCAACCACAGACUUUAAUCCAAUUCCAAAAGCAGAAGCUGUCUUAAGUGAAAUGUUUCAAAGGGCAGCAGAAGAUAAAGUAUUUGUACGCAAAGCAGCAUUCCAAGUUAUGGACAGCAUCAUGAAACUUAACCGGCAGUGGGUGCUAAAUGACAUUUUGCAGCUGAUGGGUGGACAUUGUUUAGAUCCAGCUGUUCUCAUUAGAAAGCACAUGGUUCAGAGUCUUUCAGAGUUAUUGUGCUACUAUCCUGACCAUGAAGGUCUUCAAGCUGUUGUUGUGGAAUCUGUAUUGCCAAGAAUCUCUGACCCAGAAACCAAGGUUCAGGAAAAGGUUUUUGAGGCGUUCCACAGAAUAAUAGUUUGUAAUAUUGUACCAUUCGAAAAAGAAUAUACAGAUUCACACAAGCUUCCCUGGCAGAUUAUUAAACGUGUUCUUGAUAAAAGCAUGAAAAGACUUUUGUCUAAGACAUGUUCAUUCUGGUGCAAAAACAAUAUGAUCAGUACUGGAGUUGUGAAUGCAAUGCAUACACAUAUUGGGACCCCCAAUGAAUGUCCUGUGUGGCUGCUUCUCAGUUGUAUUGCAGAGAACAUGCGGAUACCUAAAAUACAGUUUGUUUUGGAUUACUUCCUAGAGAAUUUUCGUGAUUACAAGGAGAAGGAAUAUGAAUUGUUGUCAGCAUUGGAGGUACUGUUUUUCAAUUGGAAAGCAAUUAAAUCAGAAGACCAACAGCGUCUGGGAGCAGAACUUUUGAGAGCUGUAUAUUGUAUGGAGCUACCUAUAUCUCUUAUAAGUCCAGCACUUGAUGUGCUUGCUACAAUUGCAAGAGACCAUGCCAAGUCACCUGAAGAGGCCGACACCACUUGGGCUGCACAAUUCAUUGAGAUGUGUGAGGAUUACAUAAAGGAGCAUCAUCCUGAUACUGGGAAGAUGCCAAAUGUGCCAGAAUUUUCUCGAUAUAUUUUUGCUAUUGGUGAAGCUUCUCAAUACUGUCCUGAAGAAGUUGAGAAAGACACGGAGUACAGACUUGUAAAGCUUUUGUUUCCGAAAAAGCUCCCAGUGCCACUGGAAAAUACUCCACUGCAGGCCAUGGCUGUAAUUACACUUGGUAAGAUGAGCCUUCAAAAUGAUCUGUUUGCCAAGGAUGUAGUAUCCCUUUUGGGGUGUGUGUUACGUGAGACAGAUGAUAUAAUAGUAAAAGUAAAUGUCAUCAAUGUGUUGGCUGAUUUGUGUAUAAGGUAUACUUCAAUGGUUGAGCCUUUAAUCCCGGAUAUUUGUGUGUGUUUGAAAGAUCCUCGAGAAAAAGUGAGGGAAACUGCUCUUGUGCAGUUGAUUCAGCUCUUGCAGCAAGAUUAUUUGAAGCUGAGAGGCAGCUUUUAUUUCAACAUUUUCAGUAUGCUUUGUGAUAAGGACAAAACUAUUGUCGAUUCCAUAAUUUAUUUCAUCACCGAAUCUUUGUUAGUGAAGAACAAGAACAUACUUUACCAAAAUUUUGUUGCUGGGCUCUAUUAUUACAAUAAGUGUGAGACAGAAGAUAUGUUUAUGAGAACAACCCAGACGCAGAAAGAAGCUGAGGUUUUUGAUUUAUCUGGUGAAGAUAAUGCAGAAAAGCGCAUGACACUAUAUAAAUUUAUGCUUGAACACAUGACUGAUGAGCAUCGUUUUAAGAUAACCUACAAAGUGUGUAUGGACAUUCUCGGUGCUGUGGUGAAUGACAAAAUGUCACUGAAUGGUGCUGGUAGACAUGUUUUGAAAGAUUCACUGACGGUGUUGGCAUGUGACGAGAUCAAAUUGUCCUCAUUGCGGUCUCAAGGAGAGGAAGAACCUGCAGCAGAUGAGUCAGAAGCUGCUGCAGCUGUUCUUACUACUGCAAAGAAGACGAUUAUUUCCCAGUGUGUAAAACGAAAUACAAUUGAAAAUAUUGUACCUGUUGUCAUACAACUGAAGACAAAGCUACAAGCUGCUAUGUCACCACUGGUUUUGGAUCUGAUGUCAUACAUCAAAGAAUUGAUGAGGGACUUUAAGAAUGAGAUUAAAGAAAUUUUUGCUGAUGACAAGACACUGGCUGCAGAAAUAUUGUUUGAUCUGAAGAAACAUGAGGAACAACAAAAACAACUGGAAGCACAAAUUGCUGCAUCUAGGCAGGCCACAAGCAGCGACACAGUAUUAGAUGGUGAAAUAGAACCUGUACCAAGCACAAGUUCCGCUAACAAUCCCCAGACAGUAAUAGAGAAACCAGUUGGCAAAGGUGAAGCAGGGACACCAUCAACGAAAGAACAAAGCAAGAAUAUGGUCAGUGAAACAGGGAGGAGCGUACAACGUCUCUCCUCCAAGACUCCAAAUACAAAACAGAGCCAUGGGGAUAAUCAGAAAAGAAAAACUUUAUCAAAUAAUGAAAAUAGAUCUGAGACACAUAUUGCACCAAGUGCAAACACAACAGGAAAAAGUUCAAAUACUAAUCGUCUAUCAGAGAGCAAUGCUGAUGAAAGUAGGAAGAAGAGAAACUCGAACAGGAGUAAACCUCCAGAAAUGCAAGAGACACCACGUACCACCAGCAGUGCUCGAGAACAGCGUAAAAGCAUCAUACAGAUGUCUGCAGUAAGGACACCAGUGUCUAACUCAAAUACCUCUGGUGAUAAAGAUAAAUUAAGUGCAAGAACACCAGCCGCUACAGCUAAGUCUGGAACAGUUACUGAGGCCAGAACAUCACAGCCUAGUGUAUGUCCCUCAGCUGCUUCAGCAGGUAUCACUAAAACCCCUACCAAAGGUACAUCAGAACCUGUUUCAGAUCGUGUGUUCGUUACACCAAAACCUGUCUCAGGACGUGUUCCAAAUUCAGGAGCUACCCUGAGGCGUAGUACCAGUCGUGCAGGUACCUCAUCUGAAGCAGCUUCUACUAGCAGUCAUCCAAACACAAUAAAAAGUGGUGUAUCAAAGGAUAUACCUGAAACACCACGCACAAGUAGAAGGCAAAGUAUUCAGAUACAGAGUGACAGUUCAGACCUUGCAGGUAGCCACAGACUGGGUAAAGAACAAACACAUACAAACAGUUCUCAAGAUAGUGAAAUUUCAUCUCAUAACAGAAUAAGCACCAAUGGGGCCCUGUCUCCUGUCACUGGUUCCUUUGACAGCAAAAUUGCUAGCAAAGAAAAUGGAAAGGCCACUCCAAAGAAUAAAACACUAAAAGCAGUUGUGCAUUCAAGUAAUGAAACUAGCUCUAAUGCUCAGGACAAACGGGGGGAAAACCAACAUGUGAAGGAAAAACACAAAGUAUCUGUUUCUUAUAAAUCUCCAUCUACUUCAAGUACAACGGAGAAGGAAUUAAAAAAUCAUGCCCAUAAACGUGGUGUAAAGAGAACAGCAGUUUCACCUCCUGUGAGCCCGGAGAACAGUGUAACAGAUGACACUACCAGUGUAAAUCGAAGACGCAGGAAGAAAGAAAUUUCAACCCAGUCCUGAAACUUCAAGAACAUGAAUAUAAAUAUUAAGUUAUAGAAGUAAGCCAUUCAACAGAUAUUUGACUGAUGUUAUAUGGGUAAAUUAUGAACUUCUAAAAUCACUAAAUAAAAAUAUGACUUUUUGAUUUAGAUGACUUUAGAACAAUAUUUACGUAAAAGUUACGUAAAAGCAGUUAUCUGUUGAAUUACUCAGCUUUCUUGUGAUUUACAUUUUGUUAUAUAUGUAAAGAAAACAGACUAUUAAAACAUUUUGUAAAGUUUACUGUAGUAACAGUUUCACAAAUAUUCCUUUAAAAUGUUUUAUAGUCCUAACAACUGCUCCAUUUUAGGCAGCAGAUAGUUGGCAUCUAUAGCAAUUGCACUUGAAUCAUGUAAUUAUCAUUUAAUUAUAGAUAUUCCCAUCUUUCAUUAGUCAUAAUUUUAUUUUAAUUACAAAUGGCUAGGUUGUAUUUCUGAACAGUUGGAAGCACAGGCUGGCUGAUAAUGUCACAGAAUAAUGUAUGUUCUCCAUUGGUUUUGUAAAAGAAAAGAUUUUGCACUUCAGACUCUUUAUGAGGACAAUGAUGUAGAGUUGGUUCGUGGCCAGUAAGAGAUGAGGUAAAUGAAGGGAAAAAUUAAUCAUAAAUCAUCAAUACUUGAACUCAGCAGUAUGCAAAAAGUGAGGUUAAAUCCUACUCAUGUUAUUUUUAGUGUCCUAAUUUAUCUUAUUUAGAUUAUAAUUGAUGAUUGUAACUCAUGAUCAUUUGCAACUCACUACCACAAGAUUAGUAUUGUCUGUGAAAUACAGUAAUCAGAUUCCCAGUGUCCAUUUUCCAAAAGAUAAUUAGUUUUGUCUUGUGCCAUACCCUGAUUUUUCAGAAAUUAAUAGGUCGCUAUUUCUAAAGAAGUAUUAUGAAAAAAUGUUGGUACACAGAAGUUUGUACUUUAUCAUAUUGCAAAACAAAUUUUAUUUCAUUGGAUAAAUUACAAAGACUGCCUCCAUAGUCGAAUAGUUAUCAUCACUGCCAUCGUUGCUGAAGGUCCCAGGUUUGAUUCCAGUAACUCCUUGGAUGUUUUUGAGAUAAGGAGGUCUGGAUGGGGGUCCAUUCAGUCUCAUAAGACCAAAAGAAGAGAUGCUUGAAUAAAGAAGCAAUGGAAUCAUCAGGAUUAAUCAAGUUAUGAUAAUGGUGGGAGAAGUUGGUCCCAUGACUGUAGAUCUCUCCUCAUACUGCCGUGUAAGCUGCACUUGGAACAGGCUUAAGGUCUAAUCCAUGGGCGGUGAGUAGUGGACAAAAGAUGAAUUUAAAAAAUUACAUUACAUUGAAGAGUAAUGUGCUAUGGUGGUAUAAUGAAUGUAUCACUAUCAGUUAAAUUCCUUCCUGUGGCAAUAUUUGCUUUCAUCAUGACAUUUCUGUUGCACAUUUUCUUUGUAAAAAAGCUAUCGGGUUUCACAUUAAAGAAUUUAUUUGCACUGCUACCAACAGCAAUUUCAUAUUUUACAAUUGGACAUGUAAAUUAACCUCAGUAUGCCCAAAGGGAAAAGGGUCUAUGUUUACACAAAAUUUUCAUCAAAUCUCCAUUUUUAUAAUCUCCAAAUUGUGAAUCUUUGGCUGUAAGUCUUGCCUACUUGUAUAUACAGUGAAGCUAAGCUGUUAAAUAUUUGAAACUGUAUAUGGUUUUUUUUAAAUAAAAUUUUGUCUAGCUAAUAUACGGGUGCUUUUUGUUUUAACUUAAUGCUAAUAGUAUAAUUCCUAUCCAGUUUCUGCAGCCCAUUAAUCUGUGUGUUAACAUAAGUACGGCUGUAUUUAUUUUUUGCAUGCUGUUUGUUUCACAUGAAACAGAUUUCGUUUCAAAUGAAAAAAACAUUUCCCACUGCUCUCGAGAUUCAAGAUAAUUUCCGACCAGUGCACUCUAUGAGCAGAAACACCAUAAAACCUAUCACUUUUUCCAACCUAUUCCGUGUAUUACACCCCUCCUAAAUUCAUUGUCAAAUGGUAUUGCAAAUUGAUAAGGUACUGUACUUUCUUUUUGAAGGAAUAAGGAUAUGAUUUCCCCAAUUGUUGAGUGUGAAUGGUGGGAUGGUUCAAAUGACAAGAUCACAACUGAUUCUGUGCUCCAUUUUUCUUUAACUCGAGUAUAUGCUUUCUAUUUCUUCAAGCCAAGUUUAUGCUUUCUAAUGUUCUUACCACUGAUGGGAGUUUAAAUCCGUAUUUUAUUCCUUCCCUUCUGAAUCUUCACCCUAUGUUCCUUCCAACUGGUCUUACUUUUGUCAUUUUAUCUGUUUUCUUUAUAAACUGCUUCUCUAUUCCCAUUUUAUUUCCUCCUGCAUUAAUUUUUUGAAUUACUUUGCCUUUUCUCUCUCUUAUAAUUUGUAAUAUUUUCUAGCUUUAAGAACUGUUAAUUGAGUGACUGCUUGGCUGACAGAACUAUAAAUAGUGGAUAGACUUCCAAUGACCUCGGUUCCUUUGACUUUUGGCUUGCCAGCAGUCAUUAAAAUUAGCAACUUUGUGUCAUAGACCAAGCGAGGUAGUGCAGUGGAUAGCACACUGGAUUCGCAUUUUGAAGGACGACAGUUCAAACCUGUGCGUGGCCAUCCUGAUUUAGGUUUUCCAUGAUACCCCAAAAUUGCUUAAGGCUAAUUCU